AUAGUAAAGACAGAAACAGGAAGAAAGAGAGUGAAAGGAGGAGAGUGUGGAGGGUGAAGAAAUUUGAAGAAACAGCAAAGAAAGUUUCUAUUUUGAUGCCUUCUCUUUUACUGUAUGUAAUGUGAGUCAUGUCACUUCCCAUCACCUACCACUGAUGAUUCCAUGCCUUCAUAUUAACCCCACCAUUUGCCUCUUCUCAGAAUUUCAUGUGCCUAUUGUGUUCUCUAAUUCCCUCCAACAGCACCACAAGGCUUGGAGGGGGAGGAAGGGAAGUGUCUCUGAAGUUUCAUUUCAGAUUGGAAACAGACACCCUUUUGAGCAUUUGAGAAAACCCAGAAGGCAAAAUCUCACAUUGGUAAGAUUUUCACAGUGGGUUUGAGCUUGGGGUGCUCCCAUGGCUUCACACCCAAGAGGUUUUAGGGAGCAUAAGAGAUCCAGUGUUUAAGUUGCUUCAGUUUUUGAGGAGGAGCUGAGGAAAUCCGCGCAGGAUUUGAGUUGUGAACAGAGUUAUUUGGCAGCAGCAAAAUGGCGUCUGAUCUGAAUUCCGGGUUGUCCAAGAAAACAUUUGUUUUUGGAUUGAAAGUGUGGGUAUUAAUGGGAAUAUUAGUUGGCUUAUUCAUCAUCAUAAUUCUUGUGGUGCUAUCAAUAUGUCUUACUUUAAGAAAGAAGUCCAGAAGAGUCAAUGGCAAACUUCCCCUUUGCCAUGUGUUAUCUGUUUCGGAAGAUAUCAAAGAAAUAAAAGUUGAUCAAGUUUCAGCAAAUAAUCAUCCACAGAAUGGUGCUUUUAUGAGUCUGAAUGACAAAUUUGGUGACAGGGAGUCUGAAAAAGUUUUGGUCCAAACAAAGAAUGGGGAUAAUAGCAGUCUAUCAGGCUCAUUUACUCAUUUAGAGAAAGACGCUAAUGGCUCUCAAUCAGGUGAAGAAAGUGGUGUUAAGAGCUUUUCUGCUUACAGGUCUUCUUCACAUCCUAUAACUGCACCAUCCCCUUUGUCUGGUCUGCCUGAAUUCUCUCACCUUGGCUGGGGACACUGGUUUACAUUAAGGGACCUAGAACUUGCAACAAACAGGUUUUCAAAAGACAAUGUUAUUGGUGAGGGUGGAUAUGGAAUUGUUUAUCAAGGUCAACUAAUCAAUGGGAGUCCUGUGGCUAUUAAAAAGCUCCUCAAUAAUUUAGGACAAGCUGAAAAGGAAUUCAGGGUGGAGGUUGAGGCUAUUGGGCAUGUACGGCAUAAGAAUUUGGUUCGACUUUUGGGCUAUUGCAUUGAAGGAACUCACAGGUUAUUGGUUUAUGAGUAUGUUAACAACGGCAAUUUGGAGCAGUGGCUUCAUGGAGCCAUGCGGCAGCAUGGCUUUCUUACUUGGGAUGCUCGGAUAAAAAUUCUCCUUGGAACAGCCAAAGCGCUGGCUUACUUGCAUGAAGCAAUUGAGCCAAAAGUUGUGCAUCGAGAUAUUAAGUCCAGCAAUAUUCUAAUUGAUGAUGAAUUUAAUGCAAAGAUAUCUGAUUUUGGGCUGGCUAAGUUACUGGGUGCUGGAAAAAGUCAUAUUACGACUAGAGUUAUGGGUACUUUUGGAUAUGUAGCUCCAGAAUAUGCCAACUCUGGCUUGCUAAACGAGAAGAGCGAUGUUUACAGCUUUGGGGUAUUGCUCCUUGAAGCAAUUACAGGAAGAGACCCAGUAGAUUAUGGCCGACCAGCAGCUGAGGUAAAUUUGGUUGACUGGCUCAAGAUGAUGGUAGGGUGUCGGCGCUCAGAAGAGGUGGUAGACCCCAACAUUGAGACUAGGCCAUCAACAAGUGCCCUGAAGCGAGCCCUCUUAACUGCUCUUAGGUGUGUUGAUCCAGAUGCUGAAAAAAGACCAAGGAUGAGCCAAGUUGUCCGCAUGCUUGAAUCAGAGGAAUAUCCUAUACCUCGAGAGGAUCGAAGACGCCGAAGGAGUCAGGCCGGAAACAUAGAGCUAGAGACCCAGAGGGAGGCUUCUGAUACAGAUAAGAGUGACAAUCCAGAUUCUAAGCCGAAUGGCAGGAGCCAACUUGUGCAGUGAAUUUCGAGGACAAGGAACAUAAGUGAACUGGGAAAUUUUGCAUUCUUUUGAGCUUAUGUAAGUUCUGAUGCCUGCCACCUUUUACAUUAAAAAACAUGGAGCAGGAACCAGUUACUUUGGAAUGGUUUAUAUACUUAUUUCUUGUUAUAGCUUAGCUGUAGAUGUUAGAAUGUAGAUUCUUGUGGAUGAAUAUGGGACUGGACAAGCUCUUACCAAUGUGGUGUGUACAGUUCAAUACCAUUCUUUUUUCUUUUGUUUUCUUUUCAUUUGUUUUAUGGUCAUGGAGGAACUACCCUUUCUUUCUGGAAGUUCAGAAAAAGAUAAGCCGAUAGUUCAUAAUUG